AUGAUUGAGCCCGUCGUAGGGAUAGUCGGACUUAUCACCACGUUUUUAAGCCUCCUCGUGUAUCUGUCCUAUACUCCCCGGGUGCACGAGAACUCCCAAGAAUUUACAUCGGAUACGCUCCCCUUUGUGGGCUCGUGGGACUUCUUUAAUCGCAAAUGGAGCUUCUGGAAGGGGUGCCUAGGCCAGCACCAUGUAGUUAGUCCAGAAUCUGGACUUCUCCAUGGAAAUGUGACGCUUCUCGGGCUUGGUCCAGACUACAAGCUGCCCCUCCACGAUGUUUUCAAGCCGACGUUCCACAAUGGCCGCAGCUACUUCCAGCGUCGUUUAGGGGAGUUGACCAAAACUGACCAGCUCGCAAGGCGCCUCCCUCGUGUGAGCAGUGACGCCUUUACCGCCAUGAAGCGAUUAUCUGAAAGUCCCUCCGGGGUCACUAACCCCUGCCGGAUUGUCUUCACAGACGAGGUAUCAGAUACUCCCCAGCUUUUCGAGCGCUGUUUGGGCUACUUGUCCAUUCUGCAGGCCACCAGCAGCCGCCACAAUGUGGUAUUCCCCUGGCUACCUUCGAUAGCGCUUAUGAAGCGCCAGUAUGGGCGCUAUGGACUCAAAAGCCUGGUGGUGCCAAUUAUUGACAAGAGAACGAAGAAAGGCGCCCCUCGUGCUGAUGACCCUUUACAGGUCCUUCUCGACAAUGGUGAUAGCAAGGAGUAUAUGACCAACUUCUUCAUCAGUAUCCUUUUCAUUGCCGUUGCCAAUGCUGGUGUUCUGGCUGGCGUCUUGCUCAAUAUCAUGGCCCACCGCACCGACUGGCAAGAAAGGAUAUACAACGAGAUCAAGGUCGCUGCCGCCGCGCACUCCCAGACCGAUGGUCCUCUUGAAUCCUCGUUCCCCUCCAUCGAUCUCUGCUUCAAGGAAGCGAUCCGGAUGAAUACGGCUUUCCCGAUGUUUCGCCAGAAUAUUGGCUCUACCCCUAUCCCUAUCCCUGGGACAAACGAGGUCAUCCCCCCCCGGCAGCUUUGCGUCCUUGGUUGGGGUCAUGGAAAACAUCCCUGCCUCGGUAUGCGCUGGGCGAAGUUGCAACAGAAUAUUAUAUUCGUCUAUGCUCUGGCCAUGUACCAAUGGAGCGGGUGCAAUGCAGAGGGCACCGCUCCUGGCUUGCCUCAGGGAAUUUACUGCAAGUAUGUUCCUAGACAGGAAGCUUGA